AUGUCGGAAAAUGUUAAGCCAAAAAUUACAGAAGCUACUAAUGCAUCAAUGGUAUUGAACCAGAGAAAAGGAUUUAAAAAAGCUGGUUAUCCCGAGACUGCAUUUGAGGUUGAAUUUCCCCCCUCAGAUCCAACUUUCAACUUUCAUCAAAUUGUAGGGGGCACAGAAGAAGGUAUUGGCAAAUUAAUUGGUAAUGAAGUUGAGAAAGCCGGACAAGCUAUGAGAGAAGCAUCUGUGCAACCAAUUAAAAAACGUAAAAAAAUGUGGUAG